AUGGAAAUCAUAAGUUUGUUAAAUAUCCACAGUUCUCAGUCAGAGUGCCGCGAGGCGGACACUCCUAUUUUUCGUGUUUGGGACCUUUUACCCGGCACUCCGUCUCGCAACAGUUUGUCUUGCAAUGUAACUGGAAGUUCUAAAUUCUACUAUUCAGGAGGGCAGUUGUUUGUUUCGGCGCCACUCUGUUUUAAGCGCGACUCGCUAUUGGAGCUUGAUUUACACUGUAACAAACGCGCCAAGGCAGUGUCUUUUGAGAGUGCGGGGCGAGAGAGGGAAGCCAAAGGUGAUAGUAUUUCUGUGCACUGGCGAGUGUCUCAGGGUCCUUUCAGACAGGACUUUUUAGAAAAGUUAUUGCAAAGGGCCGCCCAGUCAGAUUCAGGAAUACUGAGCAGGAGGAAAAGAAAUGUAAACUCCAGCCCUCAGUUCCAGCCCCCCAUGUACCAGGUGUCUGUGCCAGAGAAUCAGCCAGCUGGGACUCCUGUUGUUGCUCUUAAAGCAGUUGACACAGAUGAAGGGGAGGCAGGCAGACUGGACUACUUUAUUGAAGCUUUGUUUGAUAGCCGUUCCAAUAACCUCUUUGCUGUGGACCCUAGCACUGGGGAAGUGACCACGGUUGAGGUGCUGGAUCGGGAAACCAAGGACACCCACGUUUUUAGAGUGACAGCAGUUGACCAUGGCACACCCAGACGCACAGCUAUGGCUACACUCACCAUCACAGUGAGUGAUACUAAUGACCAUGACCCAGUUUUUGAGCAGCAGGACUACAAAGAGAAUGUUCGAGAGAACCUGGAGAUUGGUUAUGAGGUGCUGACUGUUCGUGCCACGGAUGGAGAUGCCCCCAUCAACGGGAACAUCCUCUAUCAUGUUCUCAAUAGCAACGGGUCUAAUGAUGUCUUUGAGAUUGAUCCCAGAUCUGGUGUGAUUCGGACCAGGGGUCUGGUUGACCGUGAGGAAGUGGAGGCUUACAUGCUUCUGGUGGAAGCCAAUGACCAAGGCAGAGACCCUGGUCCACGAAGUGCCACAGCAACAGUCCACAUUGUUGUGGAAGAUGACAAUGACAAUGCCCCCCAGUUUAGUGAGAAGCGAUAUGUAGUGCAGGUAUCUGAGGACCUGGCUCCCGACACUGAAAUUCUGCAGGUUACUGCCACUGACCAGGACAGGGGAAACAACGCAAUGGUUCACUUUAGUAUCAUGAGUGGCAACACCAGAGGACAGUUUUAUAUUGAUGCACAGACAGGCAAACUGGACUUGGUCAGUCAGCUGGAUUAUGAGACUAACAAGGAAUACACUCUGCGCAUCCGCGCUCAAGACGGGGGACGGCCGCCGCUCUCCAACAUCAGUGGCCUGGUUACGGUGCAGGUGCUGGAUGUCAACGACAAUGCCCCAAUUUUUGUCAGCACUCCCUUCCAGGCCACUGUGCUGGAGAACGUGCCGGUAGGUUACUCUGUCAUUCACAUCCAAGCUGUUGACGCCGACUCAGGAGACAACGCCAGGCUGCAAUACAGGCUCGUUGAGACAACGCCAAAUUUCCCGUUCACUAUCAAUAACAGCACUGGGUGGAUUGUGGUGGCAGCUGAAUUGGACAGAGAGAGCGUUGACUUUUAUAAUUUUGGGGUUGAGGCCCGCGACAACGGUACCCCUGUCAUGUCAUCUUCAGCCAGUAUAAGUAUGACCAUCUUGGACGUGAAUGACAAUAACCCAGAGUUUACGCAGAAAGCGUACUAUAUGCGGCUAAAUGAAGAUGCUGCUGUUGGAACGAGCGUGGUAACUGUGUCUGCAGUGGAUCAGGACAUUAACAGUGUGGUGACAUACCAAAUUUCCAGUGGAAACACGCGCAACCGCUUUUCCAUCACCAGUCAAAGUGGUGGUGGGCUAAUUACCCUGGCGCUGCCCCUUGAUUACAAACUGGAACGUCAGUAUGUUUUAAGUGUCACUGCUUCUGACGGCACGCGCUUUGACACUGCCAAGGUGUAUGUUAAUGUCACUGAUGCUAACACUCACCGACCUGUCUUUCAAAGCUCCCAUUAUACUGUUAACAUCAACGAGGAUCGUCCAGUAGGCACUACUGUGGUUGUGAUAAGCGCUACAGAUGAGGACACCGGUGAAAAUGCUCGAAUCACUUAUUUUAUGGAUGACAGCAUUCCUCAGUUCAACAUUGACUCAGACACAGGCGCUGUGACCACUCAAAUGGAACUUGACUAUGAGGACCAGGUUUCUUACACACUUGCCAUCACAGCCCGUGACAAUGGGAUACCGCAAAAGUCUGACACGACUUACCUGGAGAUCCUAGUGAACGACGUUAACGAUAACUCGCCCCGUUUCCUCCGGGACCACUACCUGGGCUCUGUGAUGGAAGAUGUACCUGUCUUCACCAGUGUGGUCCAGGUGUCUGCUACAGACCGUGACUCUGGAUUAAAUGGGCGAGUUUACUACACAUUCCAGGGAGGAGAGGACGGCGAUGGUGAUUUCAUCAUUGAAUCCACGUCCGGAAUAGUCCGCACGCUACGGCGUCUGGACCGUGAAAACGUACCCAUUUACAGUCUGCGGGCUUAUGCUGUGGAUAAAGGUGUUCCAGCUCUCAAAACAUCUGUUGAUAUUCAAGUGACAAUCCUGGAUGUUAACGACAAUCCGCCUGUGUUUGAGAAAGAUGAAUUUGACAUCUUUGUGGAAGAGAAUAGCCCCAUUGGUUUGGUAGUAGCUCACAUAUCUGCCACAGACCCAGAUGAAGGGAGUAAUGCUCAAAUUAUGUAUCAGAUAGUAGAAGGCAACAUCCCAGAGAUCUUUCAGUUAGACAUUUUUUCUGGUGAGCUAACAGCUCUGGCUGAUCUUGAUUAUGAAACCCGGCCUGAGUAUAUUAUAGUGGUUCAGGCCACCUCUGCUCCUCUGGUUAGCAGAGCUACAGUGCACGUCAAGCUGAUUGAUAAAAAUGACAAUGUACCAGUCCUGAAGAACUUUCAGAUAAUAUUCAAUAACUAUGUCACAGACAAGUCCAACAGCUUCCCCACUGGAGUUAUAGGGAAAAUCCCAGCCCAUGACCCAGACGCCUCAGAUCAGCUUCAGUACAGUUUUGAAGCUGGCAACGAGUUGAAUUUGGUCAUCCUGAACCAGACCACCGGGGAGAUUCGAUUGAGCAGAUCCCUGGACAAUAACCGUCCAUUGGAGGCCUCAAUGAGAAUCUCAGUCUCAGAUGGGAUCCACUCAGUCUCUGCACAGUGUUUGCUGCAGGUCACCAUCAUCACAGACGAAAUGCUCUCCAACAGCAUCACCCUGCGACUGGCCAACACGUCCCAGGAGCGCUUCCUCUCGAUGCUCCUGGCCCAGUUCCUGGAGGGCGUGGCCCGGGUCCUGUCCGCCGCCCGCGAAGACGUGGUGGUGUUCAACAUCCAGGACGACACGGACGUUAACGCCAGCAUCCUGAACGUCAGCCUGUCGGUGGCGGUUCCCGGCGAAGGGCCGCGAGGCGGGGGCAGGGCGCGGCUGGGCCACGCCGGCAGCGGGGGGGAGUAUUUUGGGUCGGAGGAACUCCAGGAGAGACUGUACUUAAACCGGAGCCUGCUAGCCCACAUAUCCUCUCAGCAUGUGCUCCCGUUCGACGACAACAUCUGCCUGAGAGAGCCCUGCGAGAACUACAUGAAGUGCGUGUCAGUGCUGAAGUUCGACAGCUUGGCGCCCUUCGUGGCUUCCGACACCAUCCUGUUCCGACCCAUUCACCCCAUCGCCGGCCUGCGUUGCCGCUGCCCCACCGGCUUCACGGGGGACUACUGCGAGACCGAGAUUGACCUGUGCUAUUCCAAACCGUGCGGGGCGCACGGCAUCUGUCGCAGUCACGAGGGAGGCUACACCUGCGAGUGCCUGGAUGACUACACAGGUGAGAGAUGCGAGCUGUCAUCUCGCUCAGGCCGCUGUGCUCCAGGUGUGUGCAAAAACGGGGGAACCUGUGUUAACCUGCUGGUGGGUGGUUUUAAGUGCGACUGUCCGUCAGGAGGCUACGAGAAGCCGUACUGCGAGAUGACCACGCGUAACUUUCCCCCUCAGUCCUUCCUCACCUUUAAGGGCCUUCGCCAACGCUUCCACUUCACUCUCUCGCUCUCAUUUGCCACAAAGGAGCCCAAUGGUUUGCUGCUCUAUAAUGGCCGUUUCAACGAGAAGCAUGACUUUAUCGCCGUGGAGAUCAUUAAUGAGCAAAUCCAACUGACCUUCUCUGCAGGUGAGACCAAGACAACAGUGUCGCCUUACGUCCACGGUGGUGUCAGUGACGGCCAGUGGCAUGUGAUUAAGGUGCAUUACUACAACAAGCCUAUACUGAACCAGGCUGGCCUCCCCCAGGGGCCCUCUGACCAGAAAGUUGUCGUCGUAACAGUGGACAACUGUGACACAUCUGUGGCACUGAGGUUUGGUCAUGUGAUCGGGAACUACACAUGCUCUGCACAAGGCAGCCAAUCAGGAUCAAAGAAGUCUCUAGACCUCACAGGUCCCUUGCUGUUAGGGGGUGUGCCCAAACUUCCAGAGGAUUUUCCGGUGCAGAAUCGGCAGUUUGUGGGCUGCAUGAAAGACCUGCAGAUCGACAGUCGUCACAUCGACAUGGCGAGUUUCAUCGCGAACAACGGCACGCUGCCAGGAUGCUCAGCGAAAAGGCACUUCUGCAACAAUAACCCGUGUCUGAACGGAGGCACCUGCGUGAACCUGUGGGGCUCCUUUAGCUGUGAUUGUCCACUAGGGUUUGGAGGACGUAACUGUGAGAAAGUGAUGCCUAACCCUCAGCGUUUCCAGGGCAACAGUUUGUUGCUGUGGAGUAAUCUGGCAGUGGUGAUCACUGUUCCCUGGCACUUGGAGAUCAUGUUUCGAACUCGCCAACCCAGUGCCACAUUAUUGCACAUCACAGCAGGACAACACCACAACCUGACCAUUCAGCUGAGGGACGGCAGUGUCCUGAUGUCUCUGCACAGAGGCGAAGACUCCACCGUGUCCCGGCUGGACGAAGUGACGGUGAAUGAUGGAGACUGGCAUCACUUGCAGCUGGAGCUGCUGGGAGCUCUGGGAGGGACCGCUGCCCGACACAGAGCCGUCCUGUCCUUUGAUCACGGCUUCUACAUGGUGAGAGAGCAGAACGCGCUGGACAAUAAGCUGAAAGGAAUGAAGCUGAAGACUCUGAGUGUGGGUGGCGUUGUCGGGGGCAACGGGAAAGUACAGCACGGAUUCCGCGGCUGUGUGCAGGGUUUACGUCUUGGAGAGAGCCCCUCGACCACGGUGUCUCUGAGCAUGUCUCAGGCCAGGAAGGUGAAUGUUGAACAGGGCUGCAGUGUGCCAGACCCCUGUGUGUCCAACCCCUGCCCUGCCAACAGCUACUGCAGCGACGACUGGGACAGCUACUCCUGCACCUGUCACACUGGUUACUAUGGUAAUAACUGUACAGACGUGUGUUCUUUGAACCCUUGUGAGCAUCAAGCAACAUGCACCAGGAAGCCGAGCUCUUCUCACGGCUAUACCUGUGACUGUCCCAGCUCUUACUUCGGCCAGUACUGUGAGAAAAAGACUGACCUGCCGUGUCCGCGGGGCUGGUGGGGUCACAAGACCUGUGGUCCAUGCGACUGUAAGACAGAGAAGGGUUUUGAUGCAGACUGUAAUAAAACCACUGGAGAAUGUCGCUGUAAGGAUAAUCACUAUCGCCCGGCGGACAGUGACUCCUGUUUGCUGUGUGAGUGUUAUCCCGUAGGCUCGUUCUCCAGAGCAUGUGACAGGGAGACCGGUCAAUGCCAGUGUAAGCCUGGGGUCAUAGGUCGUCAGUGUGACCGCUGUGACAACCCCUUUGCUGAGGUCUCACCUAAUGGUUGUGAAGUGAUCUAUGACAGCUGUCCUCAGGCUAUUGAGGCUGGUAUUUGGUGGCCCAGGACUAAAUUUGGCCUUCCUGCCGCAGUACCCUGCCCCAAAGGAUCCACUGGCACUGCUAUUCGCCACUGUGAUGAGCAUAAGGGCUGGCUGCCCCCAAACCUCUUCAACUGCACCUCUGUCACCUUCACAAAACUCAAAACCCUGUCUGAGCAGUUGGGACGUAAUGCAUCCCUUUUGGAUUCAGCAAAGGUGCAGCACACAGCAGCAGUGUUGUUCAAUGCCACCCAGCACACUGCAGUGUAUUAUGGCAGUGAUGUGAAAGUGGCCUAUCGCCUCACUCAGAGUCUGUUAAGACAUGAGAGCAGCCAACAGGGCUUCAGUCUGGCAGCUACACAGGACGUACACUUCAAUGAGAAACUGAUGCAUGUGGGGAGUGCCAUCCUGACCCCUGAAACUCGCCCCCACUGGGAGCUGAUCCAGCAGACAGAGGGGGGCACAGCGGCCCUGUUACGGCAGUACGAGGAGUACACCAACACCCUGGCCCAGAACAUGAGGAAGACUUACCUCAGCCCCUUCACCAUCGUCACGCCCAAUAUCGUGAUCUCCAUCGAUCGUCUGAACAAGAUGAACUUCGCCGGCGCCAAGCUCCCACGCUACCAGUCUCUCAGAGGGCCACGACCUCUCGACCUCGAGACGGCCGUGACGCUCCCCGACUCCGUAUUCGUGCCCGCGCCGGAGGUCAAGGGGCACAGACAUGCUGAGAUCUUCCCAGAGGCCGCUGGGAAUCAGACGUCCAAGAGAAAAAGACGCCACCCAGAAGAGAGGGAUCAAGAUGCCAUAGCCAGCGUCAUCAUUUUUCACAGCCUGGCCUCUCUGCUGCCUGAGAGCUACGACCCAGACAAGAGGAGCCUGCGAGUCCCAAAGCGGCCGGUCAUUAACACUCCUGUGGUGAGUAUCACUGUGCACGACAAUGAGGAACUGCUGCAGCACGCGCUGGACAAACCCAUCACCGUGCAGUUUCGCCUAGUCACCACUGAGGAGCGCUCCAAACCCAUCUGUGUGUUCUGGAACCACACCAUUGUGCCUGGAGGACAUGGAGGCUGGUCAGCCAAAGGCUGUGAGGUUGUGUUCAGAAACAGCACACACAUCAGCUGUCAGUGCUAUCACAUGACCAGCUUUGCCGUCCUCAUGGACAUCUCCAGGAGAGAGAACGGCGAGAUCCUGCCUGUGAAAAUUGUGACGUGGAGCACAGCUGGCGUGACACUCGGAUUCCUCUUCCUCACCAUGGUCUUCCUCAUUUGCCUGCGAGCUAUGCACAACAACAAAACCAGCAUUAUCAACAACGGAGCCUUCGCCCUCUUCCUCUCUGAACUCAUUUUCAUUUUGGGAAUCGGCCAAGCGGACAAUCCGUUUUUGUGCACUGUCAUCGCUAUCUUGCUACACUUCUUCUACAUGUGUUCCUUUUCCUGGCUCUUUCUGGAGGGGCUACAUGUGUAUCGCAUGCUCAGUGAAGUGCGUGACAUCAACUAUGGCCCCAUGCGUUUCUACUACAUGAUUGGCUGGGGAGUACCCGCCUUCAUCACAGGCUUGGCUGUAGGGCUGGACCCAGAGGGUUAUGGGAACCCAGACUUCUGUUGGCUUUCUAUAUAUGACACACUCAUCUGGAGUUUUGCAGGGCCUAUAGCACUGGUGGUGGCAAUGAAUAUCUUCCUUUACAUUCUGGCCUCCAGAGCGUCCUGCUCACCCAAACACCAGAGCUUUGAGAAGAAAGAAGCCCCUGUUUCAGGGUUGAGGACGGCCUGUGGGGUUCUCCUGCUGGUUACGGUGACGUGUCUGUUAGCUGUUUUCUCAGUCAACAGUGACAUGAUCAUAUUCCACUACCUGUUUGCGGGGUUCAACUGUGUCCAGGGACCGUUUAUCUUCUUCUUCCGCAUCGUCUUCAACAAGGAGGCGAGGAAUGCCAUGCGUUACUGCUGCAGCCGUAAACGACCCGAUCACAUGAUCAAAUCCAAGGCCUCAACAUAUAACUGUAACACCAGUUACAUGGAGGGGCGCCUGUACCACCUUCCGUUUGGUGAGUCGACCGGUUCUCUAAAUGGCACGCUACAGAGCGGGAAGAGCCAACACAGUUACGUUCCAUUCAUCCUCAGAGAGGAUGGAGGAAUGAGUAGCAGUCAAGCCCACAUUGCUCUGAAUGAACAUAACUCCUCCCUCUUUCACGAAGUGAAAGAGCAUGCAGACGAUCAUGACUCAGACUCGGACAGUGACCUCUCGGAGCUGGAGGACGACCAGAGCGGCUCUUACGCAUCCACACACUCCUCCGACAGUGAGGAAGAGGAGGGACCCUACCCUGAGGAGGAAUGCUGGGAAAGCAUAGCCACCAAUGCAGCUAAAAGGCCGCAACCACAUGACAACAGUGUCAGUAAGCUGUACUGGCCAAGCGAGUUUGCGUCGACCACCGGUGAACGUGAGGGACAGAUGGGCACCGAGAGACUGAGGGUGGAGACGUUGGCCAACGCUGAGGAGAAAAGUGGAGAGAAAGCAGAGGCUUAUGGGAAGGAAAACAUGCUGCUGCUACUGCCUAGUGUGCCAAACCCUAAUGCACAUCCACAGAAAGGGAUCCUGAAAAAGAAGCAGCUGUCGCCCAUAGCAGAGAGAAAUGGUCUCAGUCGGAUUCAUAACGAAUUGUCCGUCAACGCGCCAGGCCCCGCCUCCUCCAGGGGCUCCUCCUCCAGUGAGGGUCAGGGGGGCGGAACCAAACCUAGCCUGCAGGAUCAACUGAAUGGAGUAGCCAUGAGCAUAAAGGCAGAGACAGUGGACAAUGACUCUUCAGGAUCAGAAUUCUUAUUUUUUAAUUUUCUUCAUUGA